CAAUAAGAUACUCCAAGGAGUUGACGGCAGCCAAUGUCCAACAGUAGGAGCCCGACACACAGGACAAACAGAACCAUCCUCCUCACUGCCGGAGCAUCUCUUCUCCUAUUGUUUGAGACAUACCCGACGCCGAGCUGGCUUCGUAUAGCGCUGUAGGGAAAUCCAAGAUGGGCAAGGACCUUAGGAAGCCGAAGGGCAAAAUGUCCUCAUAUGCCUACUUUGUGCAAACAUGCAGAGAGGAGCAUAAGAAGAAACACCCCGAAGCCUCUGUCAACUUUGCAGAGUUCUCCAAGAAAUGCUCUGAGCGAUGGAAGACAAUGUCACAGAAAGAGAAAGGCAAAUUUGAAGAUUUGGCCAAACUGGACAAGUUGCGUUAUGAGAGGGACAUGAAGAAUUACGAUCCCCCCACGGGCCAGAAGAGGAAGCGAUUCAAGGACCCCAAUGCCCCCAAGAGACCACCGUCUGCAUUCUUCCUGUUCUGUGGUGACUUUCGUCCAAAGGUAAAAAGCGAGCAUCCUGGACUCACCAUUGGGGACACAGCAAAGAAGUUGGGAGAGAUGUGGAACAGCUCCUCUGCAGAGAACAAGCAGCCAUAUGAGAGGAAGGCUGCCAAGUUGAAGGAGAAGUAUGACAAGGAUGUCGUUGCUUACCGCACAAAGGGCACAGUGGAAGUAGCAUCUGCUGCUGCUGCUGCUGCUGCUCCUGCUCCCACAGCGGACGAUGAUGAUGACGAAGACGAAGAAGAUGAGGAGGAAGACGACGAUGAUGAGGAUGAUGAGUAGAUUGCAUAGGGGUGGGACCUGAAUUUUUGUUUAUGCCAUAUAACCCUACUAUAUUCAAUUCACCAUCUUGAAACAUAAGUCAGAUUGAACAAGAACAUGUGUAUAUUUAAUGUUUUUAAGAUGUACAGUGUUAUUCUCCUUUUUUUGUAAAGUUAACACUACAUAUCUUAAGUUUGGGAUUUUCUAGUGGUAGUUCUUUAUCUCCUGCCAUGUGUAACAAUUUUGGAGGAUUUAAAAUCAGUAUAAAAGUAACUAGUCUUUAGGUGUUACAACUCAAAAAUGAGAGUUCCGAGUUGGUAGUGUAUUUUUAUUUUAUUUUGAAAAAUAUUUUUUUAUGUGCUGUCCCAAUGUCUUUUUAUUGUUCUUUGAAUACCACUCUAAUAUCAAAUACAGCUGUUGACAUUAAAAAAUGUCUUCAAUAAAGGUCGUUUCUUUUUUAAAUAA